AGUUCCUUCAGUGGAGGGAAAGAGAGACGGAGAGAGAGACACGGGAGAAGGGAGAGAGCAAGGACAGGCACCGUCGAUAAAAAUAAGUGUGGGGGAAAGGAGAGAGAGAGAGGAAGGACAACGUUUUAGUAAUUAAAAAUAAAUAAAUCUAUUUUUUACCCCUUUUUCCUCCCCAAUUUCGUGGAAUCCAAUUGGUAGUUACAGUCUUGUCUCAUCACUGCAUCUCCCGUACGGACUCAGGAGAGGCGAAGGUCAAGAGCCGUGUGUCCUCUGAAACGAGGAAGGACAAAGUUGAGUUGAGUGGCAGAGUCCGAGAUAGAGAGAGAGAGAGAGAGAGAGAGAGAGAGAGAGAGAGAGAGAGAGAGAGAGAGAGAGAGAGCAGGGAAUCAAGUAAGCAAGUAAGAGAUAUACUGCAACCGUCUCACCUCUUCCCUGACGCGUCAUGGAUUUGCGGUGCUGGAUAGCCCUCCUGUUUGGACUAGUUGGGAAUCAGGAGUAGCAGGAGCAGCAGCUUCCACCCGAAGGAAGGAAAGAUGCCUUCUGUGUCUCUCAGCCUGCCCGUUGCCCUAGCCGGGCGAGCCCGCACCUGGGUCUGCCUCUCCUGCAUGUUCUGGCCUGAGGAGUUUGAGGGGAUCCAUUCACACACCUUUCGGGUGAAGACGUUCAAGAAGAGCAAGCACUGUGGCGUGUGCAAACAGACCGUCAGCCAGGAGGGGCUAAUUUGCAAAGUGUGCCGGUUGACUUGCCACAAGACAUGUGAAGUGAAGGCACCUGGUAACGACAUCCCCCUGAAGCAUGUAGAGACCUUGGGCUCCACAAAGUCCUCCAAGAGUAUGGAGUCUCCACACAUACCAUCAAGGAGUGUGAGUCUGCUACAGGCCCUGGAAGAGAACUAUGAGUUGGACCUGGUCUACAUCACUGAGAGGAUCAUCUCAGUCUCCUUCUCCAGCUCUGCGGAUGAGAACAGCUACUCUGCAAACCUCCGCGAGGUGGCUUCCAUGCUGCGCUCCAAACACCAAGACAACUACCUGCUCUUCAACCUCAGCGAGAAACGCUGUGACAUGAACCAGCUCAACCCAAAAGUGUUGGACUUUGGCUGGCCGGACCACCACGCGCCUGCCCUGGAUAAGAUCUGCACUAUCUGUAAGGCUAUGGACAGUUGGCUGAGUGCAGACAGUCACAAUGUAGUAGUGAUACACAACAAGGGGAACCGAGGGCGAACAGGAGUGGUGGUGGCAGCAUACAUGCAUUACAGCAACAUAUCAGCCAGUGCCGACCAGGCCCUGGACAGGUUCGCCAUGAAGAGGUUCUAUGAAGACAAAGUACUUCCUGUGGGUCAGCCGUCUCAGAAGAGGUAUGUACAGUACUUUAGCGGCCUUCUUUCUGGGCAUAUUAAGAUCAACAACAAACCCCUGUUCCUUCACCACGUCAUCAUGCACGGCAUCCCCAACUUUGAGUCCAAAGGAGGUUGUCGCCCUUUCCUCAAGAUCUAUCAGGCCAUGCAGCCAGUCUACACAUCUGGGAUCUAUAGUGUCCAGGGAGACAGCCAGACCAGUGUCUGCAUCACCAUUGAGCCAGGCCUGCUGCUGAAGGGGGACAUUCUGCUGAAGUGUUACCACAAGCGCUUCCGAAGCCCACAGCGGGAUGUGAUCUUCCGGGUGCAGUUCCAUACAUGCGCUGUGCACGACUUGGGAAUCGUCUUUGGGAAGGAUGAGCUCGACGAGACCUUCAAAGAUGACAGAUUCCCAGAUUUUGGAAAGGUGGAGUUUGUUUUUUCCUUUGGUCCAGAAAAAAUCAAUGGGAUGGACCACUUGGAGAAUGGGCCCACUGUCUCAGUGGACUACAAUACCCAAGAUGCUCUAAUCCGCUGGGACUCUUAUGAGAACCUCAACCAGCAUUGUGAGGAGAUUAUGGAUGACGUCAUACACACCCAGGGCCCUCUGGACGGCAGCCCCUAUGCUAAAGUCCGCAAGAAGGAGUCCAUCGAGGAUGCGGUCACUGCCAACGACCUCCUGCCCACCUCCACCGAACACGUCCUACCCACGGUUGACCACGCCCUGUCGGUGAGCAGCGACUCAGGCAACUCCACCGCCUCCAUCAAGACCGACCGCACUGAUGAGCCAGCCCCAGCAGCAGCAGCCCCACCAGUGAGCCAGCUGCCAGCAGCCCAGGAAGAGGCCCCAGUCUCGGGCACGGUCCUGGCCGUCCAACUCAUCAGUCCCCAGGAGAAGCAGGAGCUGGAGCAGCUGCUCAGUGGCCUGGAGGGCCCCAUGCAUUGCCAGGGCUACCUGUCCUCUCCCUCGGGCGGAGGGAUGGGGAUAGGACUAGGGGGAGGGGGAAUACUACACCUGGUGCCCGCCCAAGUUCAUGUGAAUGGUCACAACAGCAGCAUGGACAGAGAAACAGAUAUUCUGGAUGACGAGGUGGAACUGCCCACCAGCCAGGAAGGUAACAGCAUGGAUAGCUUGGGCACUCUGUCAUCCCUGGAAGGGAGAGCCACGCCAGCAGACCUCUACUACCAGGCUGAGAUGGUUAUCAACGGGCAUGACAAGGUCCCCUAUCUAGAGAGGAGCAUCCCAGACGGGCCCCCGGAAAACAUUGUCAUCAAUGUCGCAAUAGGCUCAAAUGAUGUGGCUGACCAGGUUCCCGUCACCUUAGUGCGAAGCCUCUGCUCAGCUCAGGAUGGGACAGGUGAGUCAGUUCCCCCGGCAAGCGAUCACAUUAUCAGCCAGAAUGGAAACCUGUAUUGCUCACAGUCAUUCGCUGCAGACCAGAAUCCCCUCCCUCGAGCGCCAGCACGCAACACCAGCAGUCGUAACGCCGUCCAACGUGGGCUCAACGUGUGGCAGCAAUAUGGCGUCCCAGAAGAGCCGGUGAUGGACGGGGUGUAUUUUGGCUCUCCUCCACCCUCCAUACCUCUACAGAGCCACCACAGCAUGCCCCACUUCCCCCACCAGCAGACUGCCUCACAGCAGGAGAUUGAGCAGUCCAUUGAGGCCCUCAACCUGCUGAUGCUGGACCUGGACCCCGGCCGCCUGUUGGGGCAAGUGCCGAAGUCCCAGAGUGCCCCGGGAGAUAACAAGGAGGUGGUGACCACACAACCAUCCUUUUCCCAGUCCCUGGCCAGGCCCUCCUACCAGGCUGACUCAGCUAUCUCAGGAAGCCCUGCACCCAGUCUAGCUCAGGUCAUGCUGAGGUCCUCCCCUUUCCAGCCGUCCACGUCUCCAGAGCCCUCUGCCAUCCAGAGACCAACAGCCAUCUACCACCCUGGUCCCUCUGUAGCCCCCAUCCCUGGCUUCCCCACUGAACCUUUCAGCCAAGAGGCAGCCAGAACCAGCUCUCCCACCCAGGUCCCCAGUAGCGUGGGCCAGCUGCAGCUGAAACCCAUCAACGUGUACCCCCCCAGCAUCGUGUACCCGUCCCUGUCCUCGGAGCUCCGGGAGCCCCAACAGAGCCCCAGUGCCACGUUCUCAUCACCCAAUCCCAGAGAUGCAGAGCCUGAUGAAGCGUUCAACGUGGAGGGCCUAGUAGCCCAGCGUGUGUCAGGUGUCCAGUCUUGUGGGACGUCAUUGGACGAGGCAUCGGCCCCGCCCCAUCACCGCACCACUAGUGAGAGACAAUGCAUCAACGGCCACGACGAAAGCUCUUCCUACCAACCCCCGGUCCGCUCCCCUAUUCGCUGCGUCUCCCCGGAGUUCGUCAACACCAUAGCGCUGAAUCCCGGGGGGCGUCCCAAGGAGAGACACAUCCACAGCUACAGAGAGGCCUUUGAGGAGUUGGAUGGAGGCCAAAUCAGCCCCACUGUUGGUGGUGAGGUGUUCCCCCCUGCCUUCCCCGUCUCGCCACAAACCCCUUACUUCAACCUGUGCCAAGCUCGUUCCCCUCCAGGUCUGAUGAAGACCCCUCUCUCUGCCUUGGGCCUCAAACCCCACAACCCAGCUGAGAUCCACCUCAACCAGAGUGGAUCAGAGCCGUUGAGCUACGUGGAGUCAGUGGCCAGAUCCGCUGUGGCCGGCGGGGGACCAGCAGGACCCCCCGUGACCCUCACCCCCCCAGGAUGGACCUUGGCUAGGCAGACGACCCCUGACCCCUCCCCAACCCUCAACCCCCUAUUGUCUAGCUGCAGCCCCAUGCACAGAUCAGAGGGAGAACCCCCGUUGGCUGACAGCAGUGCGAUCAUCCCCUCGCAAGCGUCCAUUGACUCCAGCUUAAGCUCCUUUCCUUCUGAGGGCACAUAUCCCAUCGACUCCCCCACCCCUAUCCCCAUUGCCACUCCCACCCCAUACCUCCAGGCCCUGGGCUCCCCAUCUCCCUUCCUUCAAGCCCUGGGAACCCCCACCUCCUCCUACCUGAGCUCCACCUACCCCACCCUGUCUUACAUGUGUUCCCCCACCACCACACCCUCCUGGGACCUGGGUCACAGUGGCCUUAUGGGGAGCUAUGUCUCCCCGGACCCCAGCCCCCCGCUCCAGCCAGAGGCAUCUGCCCGGGAAAGCCUUGUGGACAUCCUCCCCUCGUUAAGAUCAGGAAGUCUCCACACACUGCAUCGUGACCCCAACACCUCAUCUAGCAUCCCCUCCCUCCAACAUCGGCAACAGCCCACCAAUCAGUGCAGCCCUGUCAUGGGCCACCAGCCCUCUCCGGCCAAUGGCUUUGUGGAGUUUGGGAUCACUGGGAUGGUAAUGACAGGAAGUCCCGUGUUGGGCCGCCACCACUAUAACCCAUGUAUGUCCCAGGGAGCACAGUCUAGCCCAGUGCUGAGCCAACAACCGUCCCUGAUGCAGGCCUCCCAGGACAGCACCAUGCUCAGUUGCCAGCCCUCCCUCACCCACAGCCAACCCAUCCAGUCCAGUAUCCAGAGUAGUCCGGUUCUGGGCCUACAUCCAUCCCUCACCUACAGCCAACCCAUCCAGUCCAGUAUCCAGAGUAGUCCGGUUCUGGGCCUACAUCCAUCCCUCACCCACAGCCAACCCAUCCAGUCCAGUAUCCAGAGUAGUCCGGUUCUGGGCCUACAUCCAUCCCUCACCUACAGCCAACCCAUCCAGUCCAGUAUCCAGAGUAGUCCGGUUCUGGGCCUACAUCCAUCCCUCACCUACAGCCAACCCAUCCAGUCCAGUAUCCAGAGUAGUCCGGUUCUGGGCCGACAUCCAUCCCUCACCUACAGCCAACCCAACCAGUCCAGUAUCCAGAGUAGUCCGGUUCUGGGCCUACAUCCAUCCCUCACCUACAGCCAACCCAUCCAGUCCAGUAUCCAGAGUAGUCCGGUGCUGAGCCGACAUCCAUCCCUCAUUCACCAGCAGGGCAAUGGUAGUAGUCCGGUGCUGGGCCGACACCCGUCCCUCGGCCAGAUGUCACAAUGCAGUCCAAGUCUGGACCGACACCCAAUUCUGCAUAGUAGCGGCUACACCACCCCGGACGAAAGGCAGGGCACCCUGUCCCGUCAGAGCUGCUCCUCUGGGUACAACCCGCCCUCCACGCCCUCCUUCCCCGUCUCCCACGCGGGCUAUCUGGACGAGGGGAUGAUGAUGGGGGUACGGCAGGGCAGUCCGGCCCCACAGGCUCAGCCCCAGCUACCGGAGAAGAGGCGAAUGUCCAUUGGGGAGAGGCCCAAUGGGGGGCUCUCGUACGGGACACUGAAUGGAAAAGUGUCCUCCCCCAUGUCGAGUGGAGGCAGCACGCCCAGCACUAGCUACUUUCAUACACUGCCAGACUUCUCCAAGCUUAACAUGACUGACGGGAGUCCAGAGACCAGGCUGAAUGUAAAGUUUGUUCAGGAUACGUCCAAGUUCUGGUACAAGCCUGAUAUCUCCCGUGAACAAGCCAUCGGCCUGCUGAGAGAGAAGGAGCCAGGGGCCUUUGUCAUCCGGGACAGUCACUCCUUCCGAGGGGCCUAUGGCCUGGCCAUGAAGGUGGCCUCUCCUCCUCCUCCUACUGCUCAGCACUCCAAGAAAGCUGGUGACAUCACUAACGAGUUGGUGAGGCACUUCCUGAUUGAGACGAGUCCUAAGGGAGUGAAACUGAAAGGAUGUCCCAACGAACCUUACUUUGGUUGUCUGUCAGCUCUUGUGUACCAGCACGCCAUGACUCCACAGGCCCUGCCCUGUAAACUGGUCGUCCCUACCAGAGAUCUCCACCAGGAUGUCCCAGAUAUCGCCACGCCAACCAACCAGGCUGACUACCUCCUGAAACAUGGAGCAGCAUGCAAUGUGCUGUACAUCAACUCGGUGGACAUGGAGUCUCUGACAGGACCUCAGGCCAUCGCCAAGGCGAUCUCGGAGACGAUGGCCGCCGCGUCCCCGCCCACCGCCACCGUUGUGCACUUCAAGGUGUCGCCCCAAGGCAUCACCCUGACGGAUAACCAGAGGAAGCGUUUCUUCCGGCGCCACUACCCUAUCAACACUGUCACGUUUUGUGACGUCGACCCUCAGGAGAGAAAGUGGAAUAAACCUGAUGGGGGCACAGCCAAGUUUUUUGGGUUUGUGGCUCGGAAGCAAGGAAGCACAACUGACAACGUCAGUCACCUCUUUGCCGAGAUGGACCCCGAUCAGCCCGCCAGCGCCAUCGUCAACUUUGUCUCCAAGGUGAUGAGCGGCUCGCAGAAACGAUGAGCUGACCUUUUGGCGAUCCUUGGCUGUUAGUUUUUUGGGGUUGUUGUUCUUUUUAACUACGGAGGGAAUAUAUUUCCCUUUUUUUAGUUUGUAUUCUAAGUUUAAUCUUAGGUUUCACCUCUUUCCUUCUGAUCUCAUCUUUUACCUGUGUGUGUGUGUGUGUGUGUCUGUGUUUCUUCUUGGAAGGACUCCUUCGUGGCGCGAAGUAGGGGGGAUAGAGGAAGUGCAGUUUGUGGGGUGUGGCUGUGUAAGCUGUUGAAUGUUGGCUAUGGGAGGCCAUUGUGAUCUCUCUAGCAGGGCAGCACAAUAACAGGAAGAGGAAAUCAUGUCAGUGAUGAUGUCAGUGAGUGUGAUGCAUGAAAAAGAGAAGAAGUAGUCAAGUUGUGUGAUGUAAAGGAGGGUGUGAAGCUGUCUGGUUCUGGACUGUUCAACCAAAGAUUUUUAAAAAGCAGCAAUGUCACUGAAGGUAUGUUUGAGACAAUAUUUGGUAAAAAAAAAAAAUGGCUACUUUAUCAAAACAUUUACAUUUUAUGUUCUUUCUAUAUACAAGUAAAUACUGUAUUUAUUUUAUUCCUAAAAAGUUUGCAUCUUUGCUUUCUUCGCAAACCGUAUUCAAGUACGUUUUUGCAUGCUGGCGAGUUUAAUCAAUGUAAAUAUCACAGAGUGCUCUCUUGGUAGGGCGUGGGUGACUUGGAUGACUUGGGGCCUAAAAAUGUUGUUUGAAUUUUUUUUUAGAGCUUACUGUAGAGAAAGAAAAUAAAGAAAAAAGCACAGUUGUUCUCUUCAGAACAACAGACAACAUCUGACUUCAGAACAUCUGUAUUGGCCUCCUCCGACUUCCACUGUUCUCUUCAGAACAACAGAAAACAUCUGACUUCAGAACAUCUGUAUUGGCCUCCUCCGACUUCCACUGUUCUCUCCAGAACAACAGAACACAUCUGAAUUCCACUGUUCUCUUCAGAAAAACAGAACACAUCUGACUUCCACUGUUCUCUCCAGAACAACAGAACACAUCUGAAUUCCACUGUUCUCUUCAGAACAACAGAACACAUCUGAAUUCCACUGUUCUCUUCAGAACAACAGAACACAUCUGACUUCCACUGUUUUCUUUAGAACAACAGAACACAUCUGACUUCCACUGUUUUCUUCUCAAAAACAGAACACAUCUGACUUCCACUGUUUUCUUCAGAACAACAGAACACAUCUGACUUCCACUGUUUUUUUCAGAAAAACAGAACACAUCUGACUUCCACUGUUUUCUUCAGAAAAACAGAACACAUCUGACUUUCCCUGUUCUCUUCAGAACAACAGAACACAUCUGACUUUCCCUGUUCUCUUCAGAACAACAGAACACAUCUGACUUUCCCUGUUCUCUUCAGAACAACAGAACACAUCUGACUUCCACUGUUUUCUUCAGAACAUCUGUAUUGGUCUCCUCCAACUUCCACUGUUCUCUUCAGAACAACAGCACACAUCUGACUUCCACUGUUCUCUUCAGAGCAACAGAACACAACUGACUUCCACUGUUUUCUUCAGAACAACAGAACACAUCAGCUGUUCUCUUCAGAACAACAUAACACAUCAGCUGUUCUCUUCAGAACAACAGAACACAUCUGUAUUGGUCUCCUCUUCUUUUGAAUGGUUGAAGGAUGGAGGAUAGAUAGAAGCUUGUCCAGUUUGGUCCAACUAUUCACCUACACAGGGGUAUUAGAACCCUGUAAUGACGCUGGGAGCUGGCGUCUGCUGUUACCCUUCUAGACCAGCCUGCAAUGCACCCCUCUAUGGAUACAUUUGGUUUUGGCUGAUUGGUUCCCCUUUGUGUGUCUACCAUUGCCUAUCAUAAGUGCCACUCCUCUCCGCUGUGCAUGUAUAAGCAUCAUGGAAGGUCAGAGUUCACUGCUGAUUUUUGAAGAGCAGACGGGCAACGAGAGUCCAGGUUGCUACGACUAAAGCAUCAAGCUCUCUCUCUUCUUCAGAACAUUAAAAUUAUUCUACCCCUUCAACCGUCCCAGUAAAGUUGAGAGAGUCCACUAUCUUUACAGAUCAGCCUAUCCAACGUGUAACACCCACAUCAUACCCACAAGUAAGCUAUAUACAUAUACAUAUAUAGAUAUAUAUAUAUAUAUAUAUAAAACAUGUUUAUUUUUUUGCUCUGUCACUCUUUUAACUCAUAUAAUACAUUGACAUAUAUAGUCCAACCAUAAAGAUUACUGAGUGUGGAAAAAAUAUUAUCCUGUUCUUUGGCUAAGAUUUAUAAAUCAUGAGACUGAACUACAUCAAAAUAAAUGGUGUGAAGUGUAUGUAUUUUAAAGCUUUGCUUUAAAACAAUUCACUGCAUUACUUUGUUUAUGUUAUGAGUCUUUGUAUAAAGCAUCCUUUGGUAUGGGGGAGAAAGAGCGUCUAGCAAAGUUCUUUGUUGCAAAAUUGUUCACUGCAUGUUUGGAGGCCAGAUAUUCUUUCUGUGAUUACUUCCUCUAUCUAACAUCGCAGGUUUAGUGAAGCACCACCGUAUUAACAUCUUAAGCAAUUAUUCAUGUUGUUAUGUAGGGCCUACUGCCCUCAUGUGGUGAACCAACGUUUGACCAUCCAUUGUGUUUUUACUCCGGCGUUUUAACUGUGAUUUCAGCAAUGACCUUCAAUGGACCAGCGAAACUCAAAUGGCUGACUAUAUAUAUUAUUUUCAGAAUAUGGAAGACAAGUAUUAUGUCACUUUUUUUGGCCAUUAUGAUUUUGUGAAUGUCCUCCUUCUUCUUCUCCUCCUUCUCCACCUCCUCUUCCUCUCCUCCACCACCAACACACCCUCCUCCUUCUCCACCUCCUCUUCCUCUCCUCCACCACCAACACACCCUCCUCCUUCUCAACCUCCUCUUCCUCUCCUCCAACACCAACACCCCCUCCUCCUUCUCCACCUCCUCUUCCUCCUCCACCUCCACCACCAACACCUUCUACUCCUCCUUCUUCUUCUCCUUCUCCUCCACCUUCUUCUCCUCUUAAUAACUCAAUUGGAUUCUGUUUGGAGCAGAUUAGUCAUACCUCGAUGGUCAAAUCUACUCCAGUGAAAAAAGAACAAGCAUUUACAUAUGGCAUUCUGUCAUGUCAAAAUGCACACUAAAUAUUUGCUUGUCCACUUCUGUUACCGCUUAAUGUUUGGUUUUUAAGCUCCACUGGGUCUUCUUCCAUGACGUCUGUACUCGUUCCAUUCUGUUCCAACCAUUCAUUCCUCUUCAAUGAGAAUCCCUCCAUUUGAAAUGAAUAGUAUUUAUUAUUUUGAAGAGUCUCCACUACUGUAAAACUAUAUGUGUCGAAAGCAUGGUGGAUUCUGCAUUUUUCUAUGAGAAACGUGUGAGAAAUGCUUGUCGGGUCAAUCCCCCUCUACCACAAAUUGAAUGUCAGUCUCACGUUAUUUGGCGUGUAAGAAGUUUCUUCUGAUGUACAUGUGGCCACUUUGAGGAAAUAGCCUUAGAAUGUGUGCAUGAAUGUGCUGCGAUGCCUGUACAGAAGUGUAUGUAUUUUCAUUUGCUUUAUUGUAUGGCUUUUGUUUCUGAGAAGAAAAAAAAUAUAUUAAAAGUAAUUUGUGUU